ACGAUACAUCGAUGUCUUCCUUCAGAGAUCGCGUUGGCACCCAGAUAUUCACGGAUCCGAUUCCCCAAUGGGGUUAUUUCCAACAGGUCCACGAAUGGGCCGCUAAAAAUCAUUUCACUCUGGAGUGGCGAUUCGACUGCAGUGGACCCCCCCACACGCCGACAUACGUGGCCGUGCCCCUCAUGAACGGAGAAGAGCUCUCUGAGUACCAGGGGAUGGCAACAACCAAGAAGGGCGCCCGUGAGCUGGCUUCCAAGGCUCUGGCCCUAUCUGGCCAUUGCUGAGCGGUACCGGUUCUCUUCAGAUCCCGCGGUCCUGCGGGGCCUGAUGGGAACCGGGCGUAAGGUCAACGGUAGCUGACCCUAGUUCGUCGAUGCAUUGGUGGCCUCGAUGCAUCGGGACUCGGUGCCAGCUCCACGACCAGCGACCAGAUCCGCGCCAUUCAACCUCGGCGCUGGCCCGGCCGCUGGACAUAAUCAACCACUGGUCUCGUUUUGUACUUGUAAUUGUAGCAUUCGAAUAGCACUCUAAACGCGAAUGGAAUAGCACAU